ACAAUCUGAAGUUCUAUCCCUGUCCUCUUUGCAAUGGCUCUAACCCAUUCCUCCUCCGCCACCUUCCUCCUCCUCUUGUCAUUGUCAGUGAUUGCCUCCGCUGGCGGUUACGGCUAUGACCAAAAGCCAGAUACACCCAAGCCAAAUUAUACUUACAACCCAAAACCACAGCCAGACACUUCCAAACCCAAGUAUAGUUAUGACCCAAAGCCACAGCCAGACACUUCCAAACCCAAGUAUAGUUAUGACCCAAAGCCACAGCCAGACGUUGUCAAACCAGACCUCCACAAACCAUAUUACGACUCCAAUCCGAAGCCAACCCUCCCCGAACCAAAAUUCACAGAACCAAAACCAGACAACGGGUAUGACUCAAAACCAUACCUUGGCCAGCCAACCAUCCCCAAACCAGACACUGCCAAGCCAAAUUAUGGUUACAACCCAAAACCAGAAGUUCCCAAACCGAAAUUGACAAUGCCAAAACCCAACCAUGGUAAUGACCCAAAACCAAAGUUGAUCGUACCCAAACCAGACACUGCCAAGCCAAAUUAUGGUUACAACCCAAAACCAGAAGUUCCCAAACCAAAGAUGACUGUACCCAAACCCGAUCAUGGUUAUGACCCGAAAGAGAAGGUUUAUGAACAACCAAAGUCAACUACACCAAAGCCAGAGAUUAUCACGCCACAUGAUGGGUAUGCCCACAAACCAAAUCUCCCGGAACCAAAGUUAUACAUACCAAAACCAGGUAAUGACAAACUGGACUAUGACUAUGAGUAUAGCCCAAUCGGCAUAGAAGGUUUUGUCCUCUGCAAACAAGGCUCUAACUAUACCCCUAUUGAAGGAGCUGUGAUAAGAAUAGCCUGUACUGCUGUGGACCAGUAUGGUUACAAGAAAGUCCCUUUCUCCUGCUUGACAGAAGCAACUAAUGCAAAGGGUUACUACUUCAAAACAUUGCCAGCUUUAAAGCUCACAGAAUGCAAGGCUUACCUUGAAAGCUCUCCAUUGAAAGCCUGCAACGUUCCAACAGAUAUGAACUAUGGGAUUACCGGUGCUCCCCUUUCAGCUUAUCACAUUCUCCAUGACAAGAAAAUAAAACUGUACUCCAUGAGGACUUUCUUCUACACCUCGACGACACCUACAUCAACCCCUGCUGGUUAUUAAAUAUUUGUCUUCUCUCCAUGACUACAAUUCAUCUAUUUUUUACGUUGUUUAAAGCUGUUGUAACGGCUUGAUUUCCUUCUUGUUGUUUAUGGGCUUUUGUCUGGAUGAUCAGUUUCAUUAUCGAGAGAGUUUUGUGAUAAAAAUUCUUCAAUUAAGAUUUUUCUUUUCUUCUUUUUGGGAGAUUAAUGAUGUAUCAGUGUCACCAAAUAUUAAUGAACCACAAGGUCAUUGAUUUUUUUACUUAAAAAUAAAUAAAUUAAUUAAAGACUAGUCUUUUUUGUA